AUGGGACCAGGAAACCAAACACAUGUAUCAGAAUUCCUCCUCCUGGGCCUUUCUGAGAAGCCAGAGCAGCAGCUGCCCCUCUUUGGGCUCUUUCUGGGCAUGUAUAUGGUCACUGUGGUUGGGAACCUUAUCAUCAUGCUGGCCAUUGGCUCUGACUCCCACCUCCACACCCCAAUGUAUUUCUUCCUCUCUAAUUUGUCCUUUGUUGAUCUUUGUCUGGUAUCCACCACAGUCCCCAAGAUGCUGGUGAACAUCAUAACAGACAGUAAGGUUAUCUCCUAUUCUGGAUGCCUUGCCCAAAUGUAUUUCUUCAUGAUUUUUGCUUUUUUGGACAAUUUUCUCCUUACUGUUAUGGCCUAUGACCGUUUUGUGGCCAUUUGUCACCCUCUCCACUAUGUCAGCAUAAUGAGUCCACGGAUUUGUGGCCUGCUGGUUCUGACCUCAUGGACUAUUAGUAUUCUAAACUCCACUUUCCAUACUUUAAUGAUGAUGAGGCUAUCCUUCUGUGCCAAACGUGAACUUCCCCAUUUUUUCUGUGAUAUUAGUCAGGUUACAAAGCUCUCUUGUUCUGAUGCCCUCAUCAAUGACAUCUUAGUAUAUUUUGCAGCUAGUCUUCUGGGUAUACUUCCCCUUACAGGAAUCCUUUUCUCUUAUGGUCAGAUUUGUUCUUCCUUAUUGAGAUUCCCAUCUCCUGGGGGGAAAUAUAAAGCCUUUUCUACCUGUGGGUCUCACCUCUCUGUUGUUUCAUUAUUCUAUGGCACAGGACUUGGAGUAUAUCUGAGUUCCUCAGCUACCCACUCCUCUUGGAAGAUCUCAGUUGCCUCAGUGAUGUAUUCUGUGGUCACCCCCAUGUUGAACCCCUUCAUCUACAGCAUGAGAAAUAAGGACAUGAAAGAUGCCAUAAGGAGAGUUAUUAGCAAAAUGCCCUCCUCUCAUUGA